AUGGACGGCGAAUUGCUUGAUUGGGAGCUUGUUCACGGCUCCGACACCGAAUCAACCGAUUCAGUCUCAUCGGAGAAGAUAUCGGGAAGUUCAAGUGUGAUCGACGACGGUAUGAUUCUCUCUGAUCAUUUCUCUGCCGAUAAUCUCGUAAACAUACCUGAUCAGAGCCUGGAGUCGGGUGAUUCUUCCCGGGUCGGUUACGGGUCGGAUCCGGUUGAUCUGGGUUUCGAUCAGUCGGGUGAUGCUUGUGUUGGUAACGAGUUAGCGUUUCACGAUUCAAAAACUGGAAAUUCCGGUGAUGGUGACGUCAAGCUGAGUGAUUUCGAUGAGAAGCACGACGAGAGCGAGGCUAUUUCCGAAUUUGAGAGCCAAUCCGAUAUUGAAGAACCGGUUGAGGAUUCGAGCAAAUCUUGGUCUGAUUCAGGAGGAAACGAAAUGGUUUCUGGAGAUUCUGUGGCUGUGAAUGGUGAAGAGGAGAUUGUUUCUGAUGCUGGAGUUGUAUCUACCGAAGCGGUUGAGGAAAGUGGAGUAGAGACUGUAGAAGCUGUUGUGGCUGUGAAUUCUGGUGAUGAGAGUAAAAGCAGAGGAGAGCCUGUGUGGUGGAAGAUGCCAUUUGUGCUUGUCAAGUACUGUGCUUUUAGGGUUGGUCCGGUUUGGUCUGUCUCUAUGGCUGCAGCUUUGAUGGGUUUUGUUCUCUUGGGACGCAGACUCUAUAACAUGAAAAAGAAAGCUCAAAGUUUCCAUCUUAAAGUCACAAUCGAUGAUAAGAAGGUGUCGCGGGUGAUGAGUCAGGCAGCUAGACUCAAUGAAGUGUUCACAGAGGUAAGAAGGGUCCCUGUGAUCCGACCUGCUCUGCCAUCUCCUGGCGCAUGGCCGGUUUUGAGCCUAAGAUGA